AUGUAUAGUGCCGUGUACAUAUUAUUCUCUUACAUAUUACUGCAAGUUAAUUGCGGGCGGUCAGGUGUAAAAAUUAUCAAUAGUGUUAUCGCUAAAGAAGAUGAGUAUCCGUACAUUGUAAGAUUGGAAAGAAGAAUAUUAAUAACAUUUAAUAAUAAAGUGUUGGCUGAAAACAACGUGCAUAUCUGCACGUGCACCGCUCUCAGCCGCUCAUUGUUGCUAACUGCCGGCCACUGCCUCAAAAGUGUAGGAUUCAUUAAAAACCUCACCAAUAACCUAGCCGUCCAACCAGUCGUACGAUACGGCGCUAGGGGUAGUAAAUUGGCAAAAGUGAUGUCAGUUAUCCACCACCCAAGCUUCUAUGACCCUGAACCGAAAGUACAAAGUAACAUUGGGUUGGUGAGAACACAACUAAUUGGACUGAAUCAAUUCGCAAAGCUAAGUGAAGUAGAUAUGAUUGGUGUAGGAAACCGGGCGAUUACUCUAGCUGGAUAUAGAGCUGUCAGAAAGUCAGUAAGAACAGAAAUAGGCAAAGUGUAUAAGGCGUCACAGUUACAGCUACUGAAAUUAGUUGUGAUGCCGCAUGACAACCAGAUUGUAUCGGGACAUCCGAUGAAGUGUACACCGGUAUAUUGCUUGCCAACUUCAACUACAUGUGACGGAGACUCUGGCGGGCCAUUACUGCACUUCACAGGAGUAAUGGGCAUCAGCACCACUAGUCUGGAAUAUAUCAAGGGUUGCUCUGAACUAAACCAAACUCAAUCGAUUGGUAUGGGCGAAAUCAUUACCCUAACGAAGCCACAUAUGAAAUGGAUUAAUGAUAAUAUAAAACGAGACGACCAGGUCCCGGUAUGA